AUGGCGUCGCGUUUGGCUGCGUUUCAACCGGACAUCAUCGAGUUCUUUCUAGCGAAUAAAGCAUCUUUGCAAACACUUCGGAAGGAAUGGCGUGCAGUGGAAAAGGGCUUUGUUGGCUACUUCAAGGAUUUCAGGGAUACUCUAAAGGAACUGAGGGGCAAAGAGCAGGCCGAUAAACAAGAAGGCAAAAAAGAAGAGCUUUCAUCUGGUUCGCGUGCUGUCAAUCAGUUUUAUGAGUCGGAAGAACUGGCGAAAAGAAUGAAGUGGAAAAGGAUAACAUGGGAUGAGGAAGCAGAUUAUAACGGCUUUGCGAGACGGCUUCUCGACAAUGACGACCUAAUUAAAAGUGUACCUGCGUUCUCGUUUUUGGCAAUCCACGUGGCGAAGGAUUCCUCUUGCGCCGAUUUUGUUCGCUUCCCUCCUCGGGAGCAGCGCUUUGAGUCGGGAACGCUGACAAACUGGGUUCUCAGCGAAAGGACUCCGGCCACAGUCGAAUGUUAUAAGCCAAGCAAGGUAAGGAGUAUGCGAAGCCCCUUCGAGGUAGAUUGGACUGCCGGCGAGGCGAGGGUUGUCGAUACAACUUCUAUACAAGAGGUCUUGGUGUUUUUGCAAACUGUUGCUCCAAGACUUCAAGCCCUACAGGUGCGUAUGGAAGAGCAACAGAAUCAAAUUGCCAAAGACAUUCCGAAACUGAAGCUUCGCGUCGGUGCGGAAAUAAGGUACAAUAAGCAUGAUACAACUGCGUGGGACGACCCCAACAGGUGUGCGGAUCCCGAUUAUGUGACCCCAGACGAUGUUCAGCAGUUCGUUGAGGGAAUGAUGAAGUCCGCCUUGCUUUACCGUUGGUUUCUCAAGGAUCAGCGUGUGCGCAUUAUGCCCCCCGGGCGCCCGUACUUACUGAAUCCAGAGAGAAAGGAAGUGCAAAUCCCCGCGAAUUUUGCCGCCUAUAACUGGUGGGGGGCACAUGCCAGAUUCCAAAAAGUGGAGGCGUUCAUACUGUUCACGAUCAAUAUGUGGUGGCUUUGGUUCACACUGGCUAUUGUUAUCGUUGGGGAUGUGGAGAUUCUGUAA